AUGCCACUUUGCGAGACCUGUGACUCUCUUGACCUUGAGCAAGAUGAUCUUACGGAUUAUGGUAUCAAAUUAGGGCCGUUCAAAGACCUACUUACGCGAGCUGAAAAAGGCUGCGACGCAUGCAGAUUCUUCUGUAACGUGUUGCAGACUUCUGGUGAAUGGACGACAAGGCUUGACGAGCUUGCCGAGCGAGUGAUCUUUCUAGACAGUUCCCGCUUGGACGCAAGGGAGCCGACGAAGCUUAGUGACGGCACUUAUUCCGCAGACGACUUGUGCUUGGACCAGUGCGUUUCAGAGGAUUAUGAAGGCCCACUAGACGAGGAUGUCGAUUGUGUCCGUCGCAUCCCCAUCGACCUUAGGGACGAAAAGUGCCUUCAUCUGGUUCGAGGUUGGACUGCUGAAUGUACAGCCCGUAGCACCUGUUCCAAGACUUUGGCAGUUAAACUGCCGGAGACUAUCAUUGAGAUCCCGGCAGAUCCCGCAGUUGCCCCCAAGCUGUGUUCGUCGAAUGGUAGAUCAGGGUCAUAUGUGAUUUUAAGCUACUGCUCCGGGGAUUUCGAGCCUUCAUCUCAGCGAGAGUCAGGUAAUACCGGCUUCUCGGCUCCCUUAGAUGGGCCUUCCCUGCCGAAGACUUUGGCCGACGCGAUAGAAAUUGCACGCAAGCUAGGGUACCAGUACCUGUGGACCCGAACCCUUUGCACUUCCAGAGAGGAAUGGGGCAGCGAUCCAGCUCGAAUUGCGGCACUAUACGGACAAGCAGCUUUGAUGCUUUCAGCGGAAGCUGCGAAAGAUCCGGACUCGGGAAUCUUCCAUGACAGACGCGUAUUCUACUCUCCUGCACUAGGCCGGAACAAAGACAAGUACCUUCGGCAGCAGCUCCUGCGAUGGACAACGGAUAUUGAGGAGUCAGCGACAGCGGGACGGGGCUCCGGGCAAAUUCGACGGUGCUACGUCAAGGGAGCCGUGCAGCCGUACAUCGACAGGUUUCUCCAAGAUCGAGUGGAGGAAGCUGGUGGCGUUGGCGGCGAGGUGGACGUCAGCAAGCGAGUGGCACGACUCGAGGCCUGGCAUAGGUGUGUAGAUGCCUUUUCAAAGAAAUCAGUCGAUGUGACAUCCGAUAAGCUACUCGUCAUGGCUCCCCUCGCAUCUGCCAUCAACGAUGGCACUCUGGGCGAGUAUCUCGCGGGAAUUUGGAGCAGUGACAUCGCCUUUGGCCUUGGUUGGUCACGGCCAUACGGUGUCUUACGCCCAGCAACAGAGUACAGAGCUCCAAGCUGGAGCUGGGCCAGCGUAGACGGUACAGUAAUGUCUCGUGCUCUUGGGUGGCCCCAGGAUCUAAUACUGGUAUCUCACCACCUUAAUCUUGCCGAUCCCCAACGCCCAUAUGGCCAUGUCCUGGACGGCUCACACAUCCUCGUGGAAGGCUCCUGCGUUGGACUUAAGACACUUACCCGAAACUUAAGCGGCCACGGCUUGACUUUGGUCCUAGAUCAGUCGCAGAUCUUUGAUUGUUCAUGCUGUAUUCCCAGGUCCGCAGAUACACAAGAAGCGGAUCUGGACAAGUUCGGCAGUGAUAUUGAACACUAUUUCUGUAUGGUUAUACAAGGGGACGCAUGGCGGGAAGAAGAAGGCUGGAAUCCCCAUCGCGGGUUUUGUGAUCUUCUCAUUCUGAAAUCUUUACAUGAAGUGGAGGUUCUCAUGAGGGUAGGAGGCUUGCGAAUUUCUGUUGGAUCAUUGACUGAUCCACAUUCGGAGUUUGAUGCGCUGCCCUGGGAAAGACGCAAGCUGAGACUGGCCUGA